AUGUAAUCAUCAAUUAAUAAUACAACAACAAUCACAUCAAAUGGAAACUGCUAUAAAUAACAAUGCUCCAGAAUCGAUGUCAUUAAUUAAAUUAUUGCCAAAAAAUAAAAUACCAACAACAACCAAUUUUAGGUGAAAUUUUAGCAAUUUUAUAGAGACAGGAUGCAAUUAAAUAAAAUAUAAAAAAAGGAUAAACUAGAAUUACAUGAUUAAAUACUAAGACUAUAUAAAAGUAAUUAGGUUGCUCAAUAAAUAAAUCUAACUAUCUCUUCCUAAGAAAAAACAUUCGUCUAAUCAUUUUCCAAACCAAUGAAAAUGUCAAUUGACAGAAGACGACCUAGAUCAUAAUCAACACAUAGAAGCACUUUUACCUCUCCAAAAACUACAAGACCAAUUCUAAAGGAUGUUUUGAGGAUCUCUCCCAAAUAUAUUAGCAAUAGAACAACUAUAUCAUCCAGAAACGAUACUAGAUCUAUUAGAAAAAACAUAUUUUUAGAUGCAUUGAUCCUUCAAUAGGAUAGUCAAGAUUUAUUCUGA